AUGAGCUAUUAUGAUGGGAAACGUAAUUAUAGCGUGGGUCAAGCAGGUUACCACGAACCGGUGCACCUUUGGGAUAAGUUGACCCGCAAUGUGGCAGACUUCACCGCUCAGUUCAGCUUCGCCUUCGAUUCAGAACAUAACGAGGCAUUUGGCAACGGAUUGAUGUUCUUUCUCUCCCCCAACGGAUCUGACGUCCCGAGCUACUUGGGUGGAUGCAAUCUGAUUGUUGUAAGUGGGAUCCGAGACCCUUCUACCGCAUUUGUUGCCGUGGAAUUCAACGCUUUCUACAACAAUUCUGGGGACCCCCAGCGUGAACAUGGACAAAAUCAUGAGUGUGGACUGAUCAAUGCUUUAAUAGCAUACAAUUCUAGCAUGCGCAAUUUGAGUGUCCUCAUGAUCGAUGCCGCGGAUCCAAAAGGGAACGUUGCCGAGCUCUCCUAUUCAGUUAACUUGACUGAGCGUUUGCCAGAAUGGGCGACGGUCGAUUUCUCGGCGGCCACUGGGUUGAGCUCUGAGUUGCCUACUUUGUACUCAUGGGAAUUUAGCUCUAAUCUACGCGUCACCGAAAAUGUAAACAGCACAAUCAAUUCUUCUCCUGCAGACAGAAACGCAGGGGACAAGGUCAGAGCAAAGGGGAGUAAGUCAUGGGUGUGGUCAGUCAUAGGUUUAGCCUCCUCCUUGUUGCUCACUCUAGUUCUAGGCCUUGCCUGGUUUGGUCACAGGUCAAAGAAAAAGAUAAAUAACCAAAUUGGAGACGAGGAUGAUGUCCUGUCAAUCGAUGAAGAAUUUGACCAAGUGACGGGACCAAAGAAGUUCUCGUUUAGGGACUUGUCGCGGCGACUAAUAAUUUUGCUGAUGCGCGAUUGCUUGGGAAAGGGCAGUUCGGAAGAGUUUAUGAAGGUUGCUUAA